AUGACCCACGAAUCCGAAGAAUUCCUCACCGAACUCCCUCCAAUCCCAGAGGAUGAAUUCGUCGUCUUCGGCACUGUCUACGCUCAUCCAGAGCACGCGGAUGCCCUAGAAGCCGUCUAUGCGGAGACCACUCGCCUCGCACAGUUCGAGCCCGGCUCGAUUUAUUACUGUAUCUGCAGAGAUGCUGACGAUCCUAAUAUCUUCCAUUUCUUCGAGCGCUAUGCGGGACGUCAGGCAUUUGAGGAUCAUAAUGCACAACCGAUUAUCCAGAAACUUAUGGCGGAUCAAUAUAUCAGGGGGGUGAAGGCGAAGUUCAUGAAGGCUAUAUUACCGGGAGAGAAAUGA